AUAUUUUUCAGUCGUGAAAAAUAGAAAUCGAUUUUGUCACUGAAACUGUCUGCGGGAGACUUUGAAAAUUAGCGCUCUUCUGACCGGGAAAACAGAUAAUUAAGUACUUAAAAUUAUUUACUUAUAAUAGGGAACCCAGUUUCUGUUACAUUUUAUAGUAACCUCCUCCUAAGGUAGAGGAAGAGUUGCAGUUGGAGGCGGAUAUGAGAAUGCAAGUGUAGAUUUAAAUAGAAAUAGGCGAAGGGUCUCCAUUGCAGUGUUACUGAAAGUAGCUACUUGUUUUUGCCAAGGUAUUUAACAAUUAAGACCUUCCAUACUGCUUCUAUUUAAUGGAUGCUUAGCAAUUGGAUUUACAAUCGCUUCAUCGACCAUGCUAUGCUUUUUACAUGUUGCGAUUGAGGAGAAAAUUCUGCACGCUGAUUAAUUAAAAUCAGGGUUUUAGAUUUUUCAAUGAAAAAAGUUUAAUUGGCAGAGUUAAAGCCAGGUUUCUAUGUUAUGGAGUAAAACUUCCAACGGUAAAGUUUUCAAGGUUUGAGAGAGAAAGACAGAGAUGCCCUACUGCUUGAAUGCCAUUUUUGGAAUAAUUAGGUAAGGUGGGUCUUCAAUGGCCUCUAGACAGCUUGGCAUCCAUCGCCGAAGUAUUGUGAGAAAACUUAUAGGGAAGGAUGGCGGAUUACUUUCUGAUCAUAAUCCCUAUGUUAAGCAAUCACCAUCGUCAUUAUCGGAAUGGUCUUCGUACUUACGAAUAAUUCCACAGUUUCCUGUUGAUGCACAAGUAGAAAAUGCCAGGAAUGAGAACUGGUUUUCUUAUAAAAGAAACUCGCCUCCUGCAUUGGCAAGACAUCUUUUAAGAUUCACAGACCAAACACCUUUUGGCGUUCUUGCAAAAUAUGACGGGCCUCAGUUUCGAUCAUAUGCAGAUACCAGAUGGAUAUCUCAGUGUCGAAACGCGUCAUCAUCUGCAACAGCAAGCCAACGCGCUCCAGACAUUCAGGAAGACGACAGUAAAGAGCAGUCUCCAAAGCCUAAAAAGAUGGAACCAUCGGCAGAAGAAUGCGAUCAGGCCGUAGAAGGGCUUACUACAGCAAAGGCCAAGGCAAAGCAGGUGCAGGAAUCACGCAGGAAAACUCAGAGUCUUUUAACAAAGGUUUGGUCUUCAUUGCUUGGAAUUGGACCUGCACUAAGGGCUGUUGCAUCUAUGAGCAGGGAGGAUUGGGCCAGAAAACUUCUUCAGUGGAAGGAUGACUUUAUUGGAGCAUUGCAACAUUAUUGGAUUGGAUUUAAGCUUCUUUGGGCUGAUAUAAGGAUAUGCUCCAGGUUACUGUUAAAGCUUGCUGGUGGAAAAAGUCUCUCACGAAGAGAAAGACAGCAACUAACAAGAACAACAGCAGAUAUUUUCAGGCUUGUACCAGUUGCAGUAUUUAUUAUAGUGCCAUUCAUGGAGUUCUUGUUACCAGUUUUUCUAAAACUGUUCCCCAAUAUGUUGCCCUCCACCUUCCAGGAUAAGAUGAAAGAAGAGGAAGCACUCAAACGGAGGUUGAAUGCAAGGAUUGAAUAUGCAAAAUUCUUGCAGGAUACAGUUAAAGAAAUGGCCAAAGAACUGAAAACAUCUCGCAGUGGAGAGCUACAACAGACUGCUGAAGAUCUUGACGACUUUAUGAAUAAGGCACGGACGGGAGGUCGGGUCUCAAAUGAAGAAAUAUUGGGCUUCGCAAAACUCUUCAAUGAUGAACUGACGCUGGACAACAUUAGCAGACCAAGGCUUGUGAACAUGUGUAAAUAUAUGGGAAUUCAGCCGUAUGGAACUGAUGCAUAUCUGCGAUAUAUGUUACGAUCCAAGUUGGCCCGGAUAAAAAAUGAUGAUAGGAUGAUACAAAGUGAGGGCAUCGAGUCUCUCUCUGAAGCUGAACUUAGGCAAGCUUGUAGAGAUCGGGGAAAGCUAGGCUUACUAUCUGUGGAGGAAAUGCGACAACAGCUGCGAGAUUGGUUGGACCUAUCUCUUAAUCAUUCUGUUCCUUCAUCUCUCCUCAUUCUGUCCAGAGCUUUUACAGUUUCAGGAAAAAUGAAGCCAGAAGAGGCAGUUCAAGCUACACUCUCUUCCCUUCCCGAUGAGGUGGUAGACACAGUUGGUGCCACUUCACUUCCAAGUGAAGAUACUCUUGCAGAACGUAAAAGGAAAUUGGAGUAUCUGGAAAUGCAAGAGGAACUCAUUAAGGAGGAGGAAGAGAAAGAGGAGGAGCAGCUGGCACGACUUAAGGAUGAAGCAGCCUCUCAACAAGAUAUUGCUCUGCAGGAGAUGAAUAUUGCAAGCGCUAGAGAAGCCCAAGAGCUGGCAAAAUCUAAAGCUAUUGAAAAAGAGGAACGACUUUGCAAGCUUAGUCGUGCUCUAGCUGUACUAGCUUCAGCUUCUUCAGUCAGUGGGGAGCGUGCAGCAUUUCUGGCUCUUGUCAACAAGGAGAUAGAGCUUUAUAAUAGCAUGGUUGAUAAGGAAGGGACUGAAGGGGAAGAAGCCACCAAGAAAGCAUACCGUGCAGCAAGGGCGCUGAGUGAUACAGCUGAAAUCUCUGCAGGCAGCAAAGUCUCAUCCUCACUCAUAAAUAGGGUUGAUGCUAUGCUUCAGAACCUAGAAAAAGAACUUGAUGAUGUUGAUGCAAAAAUUGGUGACCGGUGGCGAAUAUUAGACAGAGAUUAUGAUGGAAAGGUAACUGCAGAAGAAUUAGCUUCAGCUGCUUUGUAUCUCAAGGAUACUUUAGGCCAGGAGCCGGUUCAGGAUUUGAUCAGCAAUCUGGCAAAGGACAGAGAUGGCAAAAUUCUUGUUGAGGAUAUUGUAAAGUUAGGAACCAGAACAGAUGAAGGUGAUAUAAUUGAAGAAAUCCCUGAGCAGAAAGAAAACAAACUUCAUCGGUGAGAAGCAUCAAGGUUUUGUAUCUGAGUCAAAGGUGGAGCUUUCCAGUUUAAACGAGAUUAAACUUGUUACAUUACAUUUUGUUCUACCUAAAUAAUCCUUUACCACUGUAGUUAUUCAAAUGGUAUAAUUCGUUUUGUUGCUCCUCUAAGAUUCUUUUCCAUUGGCUCCAAAACAAACUCAGUAAUAUCAGGUUUUGGAACUUGAAAAUAAAUUUCAAUUUUGCUUUCAAGUAUGAUACACCGAAUGUCCAAUUCUAUUCUAUUAAAACCCCAGUUUGUGGGUCAUAUUUUUUGUACUUAGAUUCAAGAUGCAAAAAAGAGGUGACAGAAGGAAGUUAGAACUCGAAGUUUGAUAACUUGCUUUUUGUAUGGCCCAAGUAACAACCUUCACAUCAAUUUUUUUACAUGCAAAUUCUAGUGGGAGAUGCAAUGUAUGUUUUUGAAGCUUUUGAUA